AUGAACUCAAAUUCCUUAUCAAGAAAAAACGCCUGCUCGCUUCAACAACAACAACAUUCAACAACAACAACAACAACAACCAAGCCAGCCAUUCGCCGAUUGGCUCGUCGUGGAGGAGUAAAGAGAAUCUCUGGUCUCAUUUACGAAGAGACACGAGGUGUUCUCAAGGUUUUCCUCGAGAACGUCAUUCGUGAUGCAGUCACGUACACAGAACAUGCCAAGCGAAAGACUGUCACCGCCAUGGAUGUCGUCUACGCUUUGAAGAGACAAGGCCGAACAUUGUACGGAUUUGGCGGUUAA